GUUAAUACCGAGAACUCGCCGCGUCCGUUCCUUAAGUAUGAAGAAAUGCGCUCGCGUCCGUUCAUUUCGAAGCGAACGCGCACCCGUGAAGGUUCAUCAGACCCUCUCGUUGUUCCUUUCUAUGUAGUGUCCCCUCCCCCUGCGUUUCUACGUAGAGUCAGUCGGUAGAGUGUGUAUUUUCAGUUCAGUUCAGUUCGAUACAAUCGGCUCCGUCCCAGUUUGCGUUUGUAAUGUGACCGACACACACACGAUUUCAUUCAUUUCGGGACAACACGACUCGCCAAACAAAAAACUGAAUUUAAUAAUGAUUUUUAAGCUCGUGACGCUGUUGGUAAUUGUGCGUGCGACCGAACAUCUCACACUGCCUUAUUUUCGGGAGAAAUCCGUGUUGGAAGAGCUCGACCUACGACAGAAUCUGUAAUUUUGUGAACGGAAGUGUGUUCGGUGUGUGUGUGUGUGUGGUGAAAGUUCCUGCUGACCGCUGGUUUUUCUUUUAUACUGUGAUACAAAGUCUUAUUUCCGAGUUCUCCUGUGAUAUUAGUGUUUAUUUAGUCGCUCUUUCGUUGCUACCAAGCUGGAUAUAUUAAGGAAGACUGACCUAUCGCACUGGGCAUGGACUUCGCGAGACAUGCGCAGUUGUAGCCAAAGCACAGUAUGUCCCAAGUGCAAGCACGAGUUCACCUGCUGCGCAGACAGUCGGCGCUCCCUGGUGCUGAGUGGCGGAGGCCUCGUACGACGCCCCGACUUUCCCGAAGAACCCGCACCCCCGGCCGUCGUCAACUCGUCCGCUUCCUCCUCGUUGGCGACCAAUCAGCCUUUAGCGCCACCGAACGCUUGCCUUUCGCCCCAAGUCGGUCUGGUGUCCCCGAGCGUCCCGCUCUCCUUCGGGUACCCGGAGGAACUACCGUUGCAACUGCUGCCCACCCCGCACGCGGCCAAUCAGGACGCGGUACUUCAACAGUUGCGAGAGAACGAUCGGGCUCUACGCCAGUCCGGUUGGUUCUACGAAGGAAUUACCUUCGAGGAGUCACAUGAGAUGCUUAAGAGCGCCAAGGUUGGCACGUUCUUAGUGCGCAACUCGAGCGACCCCAAGUACCUUUACUCCCUAAGUGUUCAGACGGAGAGGGGCCCGACGUCCGUAAGGCUGCACUACACUAACGGCUACUUUAAGUUGGAUGCGCAGGCGCAUUUGCAACACGUCAUGCCCGCCUUCACCAGCGUAAUAGACCUUAUUCAGCACUACGUGCAGGCCUUUAAACGGUACCAACAGAGAGAUAAAAACACGCAGGUGUGGGUGGACAACCAGGGCAAAUGGUACUCGCCGAUCGUAAUCCAGCGGCCGCUGAUCCAGGAAACGGCGAGUUUAAAGCAUCUGGCCCGUCUGGCGAUCCACAGGUCGAUCCGGACGCGACCCGCGUCCCCUUCAACCCCUCAGUAUAGGCAACUGGAAUUGCCUUGUUCUUUAGAGUCUUAUUUAGAGGAAUACCCGCAUUCGAUAUGAAUUCCGCGAUAGCACGGAACGUUAUCUAAUAAAGUACCGUUGAGGUUCUGCUAACGUUGAGGGAACGAACCUUAUUAGGAAUGUGUUGGUUCACGAAGAAACGACAAAAAAUAAUUGGUGGUUUUUUUUCUAAAGAUUUUUUUCUGAGUUAAUGUAAAGGGGUUCUUUAGGAUGAAUUUGAGGCUAAAAACGCGGUUCUACGGUUAUUAUUUAGGGAGUUAAAGCGCUUUUGGUUGGGGCAUCUUUUUUCAAUUUUUUUUUCCAGAUUUUCACUUUCCUUGGGAAUAUAUUCAUGAAAUAAUUGAAAUAUUAUUAAAAGGAUUUUAUGGAACGAAAGGGCUCUUCUUCCCCAAUAAUUUUAUAUGAGAACGUCUUUUGUACCUCACAAACCUUCUGAGUUACAGCCAGUUUUGUUCACCAGGGUCCAAGACCCAUCGGAUUUGAGGUUUUCGAAACACAUUUUUUAACAUCAAGAUUUUUGUUUUUUGUCGGACAUUUUUGGCCAUAACUCGGAAAGUAGUUGAAAUAUUGUUAUAAUUCCUUCAUGUUAUUAUAGGAGGAUUUCUAAGGAUCGAUUUCAGAGCAAAAACAUGAUUCUGGAGUAAAUAUUGAGGGAGUUAGGGUACUUUUGGUUGGGGCAUCUUUUUUCAACUGUUUUUAACAAAAUUUUCACUUUUGUUGCGAAUAUAUUCAUGAAAUAAUUGGAAUAUUAUUAAAAAAAUUUUAUGGAACGAAAGGGCACUUCUUCCCCAAUAAUUUCAUAUGAGAACGUUUUUUGUACCUCAAAAACUUCCUGAGUUACAGCCAGUUUUGUCCAUCAGGGUCCAAGACCUAUCGGAUUUGAGGUUUUCGAAACUCAUUUUUUAACAUCAAGAUUUUAGUUCUUUGUCGGAUAUUUUUGGCCAUAACUCGGAAAGUAUUUGAAAUAUUGUCAUAAUUCCUUCAGAUUACUUUAGGGGGAUUCCUGAUGAUCGAUCUGAGGGUAAAAACGUAAUUCUGGUGUUACUAUUUAGGAAGUUAGGGUACUUUUGGUUGGGGCAUCUUUUUUCAAUUUUUUUUUACUAAUUUUUCACUUUUCUUGCGAAUAUAUUCAUGAAAUAAUUGAAAUAUUAUUAAAAGGGUUUUAUGGAACGAAAGGGCACUUCUUCCCCAAUAAUUUCAUAUGAGAACGUUUUUUGUACCUCAAAAACGUCCUGAGUUAAAGCCAAUUUUGUCCAUCAGGGUCCAAGACUCAUCGGAUUUGAGGUUUUCGAAACUCAUUUUUUAACAUCAAGUUUUUUGUUCUUUGCCGGACAUUUUUGGCCAUAAAUCGGAAAGUAAUUGAAAUAUUUUCAUAAUUCUUUCAGAUUAUUAUAGGGGGAUUCCUGAUGAUCGAUUUGAGGGUAAAAACGUGAUUUUGGGGUUAUUAUUGAGGAACUUACAGCACUUUUGGUUGGGGCAUUUUUUUCACGUUUUUUUAAACUAAAUUUUCACUUUUCUUGGGAAUGUAUUCAUAAAAUAAUUGAAAUAUUAUUAAAAGGGUUUCAUGGAACGAAAGGGCACUUCUUCCCCAAUAAUUUCGUAUAAGAACGUUUUUUGUACCUCAAAAACUUCCUGAGUUACAGCCAGUUUUGUUCACCAGAGUCCAAGACCCAUCGGAUUUGAGGUUUUCGAAACUCAUUUUUUAACAUCAAGAUUUUUGUUCUUUGUCGGACAUUUUUGGCCAUAACUCGGAAAGUAGUUGAAAUAUUGUUAUAAUUCCUUCAUGUUAUUAUAGGAGGAUUUCUAAGGAUCGAUUUCAGAGCAAAAACAUGAUUCUGGAGUAAAUAUUUAGGGAGUUAGGGUACUUUUGGUUCGGGCAUCUUUUUUCAAUUUUUUUUUAACUAAAUUUUCACAUUUCUUGCGAAUAUAUUCAUGGAAUAUUUGAAACAUUAUUAAAAGGGUUCUAUGGAACGGAAGGGCACUUCUUCCCCAAUAAUUUCAUAUAAGAACGUUUUUGGUACCUCAAAAACUUCCUGAGUUAGAGCCAAUUUUGUCCAUCAGGGUCCAAGACCCAUCGGAUUUGAGGUUUUCGAAACUCAUUUUUUAACAUCAAGAUUUUUGUUCUUUGUCGGACAUUUUUGGCCAUAACUCCGAAAGUAAUUGAAAUAUUUUCAUAAUUCUUUCAGUUUAUUAUAAGGAGAUUUCUGAGGAUGGAUCUGAGGGUAAAAACGUGAUUCUGGGGUAAUUAUUGGGGUAGCUAGGACACUUUUUGUUGGGGUACUUUUUAUUAAAUAAAUUUUCACUUUCCUUGCCAAUAUUUCCAUAUAUUAAUAUUUAUUUAUUUAAUGCCUAACAAAAUAUAGAAUUACACUAUCUAUUUACAAAAAAAUAUUAUUAUAAAAUAUAAUAUUAAUACAAUCAAGCACCUAGAUGUGAAACAUAUAAUUCAAGUAUCCUUAAAAGGGUUUAAGGAAAAAAAGAGCGUUUCUUGUACCUCAAAAACUUCCUGAAUUAGCCCCUUUUUUGCCAAUUAAACCACCAAUAAACAACAAACCUAAACGGGUCAUUCCCUAAACGUUCCCGAAAUAUCCAGAACAUUCAUGUUCAAGAAUAUGUCAUGUGCUAUUGAAGAAAAUCCAGUUUUCUGGGUAUAACCUUUAGGUAAAAAAUUGCCAAAGACUGUUGUACAUCGGUACCUAUACAUACCGAGGGGAUAUUAAUAAAAAAAACCACCGCAAAAGUAUUGUUAAAACAAACAAAAAGAAAAAAACGCGUAUUUUAGUUAAUAUACGUCCACCAGAAAGGCGGGUACUUAACCAAGUUUAGCUCUCUGCCAUUGCGUGUGUCUUCUGGUGGGCGAAACCAGCAGCCUUAUGUACCGCCCCCGAAGGGAGAGUGAUAAAAUCACCCCCCAGGGGGCGUUUUUUAGUUUAAUUUUUUUUAGUUAGAAUAACAACUUUUGUAUGUAUUUCUGUGUGUGUGUGUGUCUAGUUUGGCCUUAAGGGGCCCAUAAUCGAAUCUCGUUAUAUUAUGUAUCAUCCCGGGCCAAACGCUACUAAAGUAAGCCACAUUGGCUCCGAUGUACUCUUAAGUAAGAAAUUUUUAGCAAUAAGAGAGUUAUUCAAAUGUGUUCUGUACUUUGUAGGUCGCCUCAUGGUUAUUUAUUUCAUUUUUUUUUUUAUUGUAUUGUAUUGUAUUCGGAGAGGGGAUUAUUAUACGAAAUUUCUAGUACAUGACGGCUGCCACUUGUCAAAUGAAAUGACGUCGUUAAAGGGUUCCUGAGGAUUGAUUUGAGGGUAAAAACGUUGUUUUGUGUUAAAAAUUUCGGGAGUUAGGGAGGGUUUAGUUGGGGCACUAAUUUUUCUAACAAAUUGUCACUUUUCUUGGGAAUAUUUUCAUGAAAAAUUAAAAUAUUUUUAACAGGGUUUUAGAAAAAGGAAAUGCAGUUUUUACUGAAUAAUUUAAUAGGAAAACGAUUUUUGUACCUCAAAAACUUCCUGAGUUAGAGCCAAUUUUGUCCACCAGGGUCCAAGACCCAUUCAAUUUGACGUUUGCGAAACUCGUAUUGUCACAUUAAAAUUUUUAGUCUUUAGCGGACAUUUUUGAACAUAACUCAGGAACUACUUGGAAUAUUUUCAUAAUUCUUUUACAUCAACAUAGUGGGCUUCCUGAGGAUGGAUUUGAGGGUAAAAACGUUUUUCUGGGUUAAAAAUUUUAGGACUUAGGGGGGUUUUGGUUGAUUCAUCAAUUUUUUUAACAAAUUUUCACUUUCUUCGGGUAUAUUUUCAUGAAUAAUCAAAAUAUUUUUAAAAGGGUUUUAGGAAAAGAAAAUGCACUUUUUGCUGAAAAAUUUAAUAGGAAAACGAUUUUUGUACCUCAAGAACUUCCUGAGUUAGAGCCAAUUUUCUCCACCAGGGUCCAAGACCCAUUCAAUUUGACGUUUCCGAAACUCGUAGUCACAUUAAAAUUUUUAGUCAUUAGUGGACAUUUUUGGGCAUAACUCAGGAACUGCUUGGAAUAUUUUCAUAAUUCUUUUACAUCAAUAUAGUGGGCUUCCUGAGGAUGGAUUUGAGGGUAAAAACGUUUUUCUGGGUUACAAAUUUCGGGAGUUAGGGAGGUUUUAGUUGGGGCACUAAUUUUUCUAACAAAUUUUCACUUUUCUUGGGAAUAUUUUCAUGAAUAAUCAAAAUAUUUUUAAAAGGGUUUUAGGGAAAGAAAAUGCACUUCUUACUGAAAAAUAUAAUAGGAAAACAAUUUUUGUACCUCAAAAACUUUCUGAGUGAGAGCCAAUUUUGUCCACCAGGGUCCAAAACCUAUUCAAUUUUACGUUUUCGAAACUUGUAUUGUCACAUUAAAAUUUUUAGUCAUUAGCGGACGUUUUUGGGCAUAACUCAGGAACUACUUGGAAUAUUUUCAUAAUUCUUUUACAUCAACAUAGUGGGUUUCCUGAGGAUGGAUUUGAGGGUAAAAACGUUUUUCUGGGUUAAAAAGUUUAGGACUUAGGGGGGUUUUGGUUGAUUCAUUAAUUUUUUCAACAAAUUUUCACUUUCCUCGGGUAUAUUUUUAUGAAAAAUUAAAAUAUUUUUAAAGGGGUUUUAGGAAAAGAAAAUGCAGUUUUUACUGAAUAAUUUAAUAGGAAAACGAUUUUUGUACCUCAAAAACUUCCUGAGUUAGAGCCAAUUUUGUCCACCAGGGUCCAAGACCCAUUCAAUUUGGUGUAUUUGAAACUCGUAUUGUCACAUCAAGAUUUUUAGUCAUUAGCGGACAUUUUUGGGCAUAAUUCAAGAACUGCUUGGAAUAUUUUCAUAAUUCUUUUACACCAAUAUAGUGGGUUUCCUGAGGAUGGAUUUGAGGGUAAAAACGUUUUUCUGGGUUAAAAAUUUUAGAACUUAGGGGAGUUUUGGUUGAUUCAUCAAUUUUUUCAACAAAUUUUCACUUUCCUCGUGUAUAUUUUUAUGAAAAAUUAAAAUAUUUUUAAAGGGGUUUUAGGCAAAGAAAAUGCACUUCUUACCAAAAAAUUUAAUAGGAAAACGAUUUUUGUACCUCAAGAACUUCCUGAGUUAGAGCCAAUUUUAUCCACCAGGGUCCAAGACCCAUUCAAUUUGACGCUUUCGAAACUCGUAUUUUCACAUUAAAAUUUUUAGUCAUUAGCGGACAUUUUUGGUCGUAACUCAGGAACUACUUGGAAUAUUUUCAUAAUUCUUUUACACCAAUAUAGUGGACUUCCUGAGGAUGGAUUUGAGGGUAAAAACGUUUCUCUAAGUUAAAAAUUUUGGGAGUUAAGGGAGUUUUGGUUGGUGCAUUAAUUUUUUAUUUCAUUUUUCUGGGGAAUAUUUUCAUGAAAAAUUAAAAGGGUACUUCUUACUGAAUAAUUUAGUAGGAAAACGAUUUUUACACCUCAACAACUUCUCGAGUUAAUCCACCAGAAUCCAAAAACCAUUAAGGUCCAUUUUUUGCUUUUUUCAAAUUGCUCGUCGAUUAUUCCCAAAACGAUUCGUCAUAUCUGUUCCCCUUAUAAACGCAAUCACCUUAUCGGAUCAAUAAUAUAUUUCUCAGUAAAUGAUUAAUUGUCUAGAACGUUCGUAUAAUAAGAGUACGUGGCUGUUCUGGUACCAAACCAGAAUAUCCCACCUAAACUGUUCAAUUAUUUUAUGUAAAAAGAACAAUAAACUGUAAAAAUCAUUUUAGAGCGAGCGAAAAUGUUAUUUAUAUUCGAGGCGUGGAUGUUGUGCAAACUGUGCGUGUGCAAACCGUGACGUAGUCUCUAACGUAUUUAUUUCACUAGAAUAUAUUAAAUUAUUUAUUUUAAA